AAAUUGGAUUACCACUCGCACAACCCAAAGCCUGACCUUGGAACUUCCUUUAACCUUGAUUUCUCCCUCCGAAUUUCUUUCUCACCCUGCAUCCCGCUGAACAAAGAGCAUCGGCGAGCGCCAGCGACUCACUGUAUCUUGUGCGCUCGAGAUCUCUUGGUCGUCGACCCCCGUCUCUCUUUUCUUACCCACGAAACAAAUUUUACCCCACCAAAAUCACUUUUGAAGCGACAUCUGCUACAUCACCACAACAAUGUCGGACAAGCUCACCCGUAUCGCCAUCGUCAAUAGCGACAAGUGUCGCCCUCGAAAAUGUCGUCAAGAGUGCAAAAAGUCUUGCCCCGUCGUUCGCAGCGGAAAACUCUGUAUUGAGGUCCAGCCCGACUCUAAGCUCGCGUUCAUAUCCGAGUCCCUCUGCAUCGGUUGCGGUAUCUGCCCCAAGAAGUGCCCUUUCGAUGCCAUCACCAUCAUCAACUUGCCCACCAAUCUCGAAAGCCAGGUCACCCACCGAUAUGGACCCAACAGUUUCAAGCUGCACCGUCUGCCCAUGCCCCGACCCGGCCAGGUUCUCGGUUUGGUCGGAACAAACGGUAUUGGAAAGAGUACCGCUCUGAAGAUUCUCAGCGGAAAGCUCAAGCCCAACUUGGGCCGACACGACAACCCUCCUGAUUGGGAGGACGUUAUCAAGCACUUUCGUGGUUCCGAGCUUCAGAACUACUUCACCAAGCUUCUCGAAGAUGACCUCAAGGCAGUUGUCAAGCCUCAGUAUGUCGACCAGAUCCCCAGAGCGGUCAGGGGUCCCAACAAGACUGUCCGAUUCCUUAUCGAGAGUCGUGCCUCGCUUGGAAAUACGGAGCAGGUUGCCAAUGUUCUCGAGUUGAACCACAUCAUGGACCGAGACAUCAACCACCUGUCUGGUGGUGAGCUUCAGCGUUUCGCUAUUGGCACGGUUUCAGUACAGGCGGCGGAUGUGUAUAUGUUUGACGAGCCAAGUUCAUACCUUGAUGUCAAGCAGCGUCUGAGUGCUGCCUCAAUCAUCCGCUCCCUCCUCCGGGACAACGGCUAUAUCAUCGUUGUCGAGCACGAUCUGUCUGUUUUGGAUUACCUCUCCGACUAUAUCUGCGUUCUGUACGGAAAGCCCGCCGUUUAUGGUGUCGUCACCCUCCCGCACUCCGUUCGUGAGGGUAUCAACAUCUUCCUUGACGGUCACAUUCCGACUGAGAACUUGCGAUUCCGAGAUGAGUCUCUGACCUUCCGUAUUGCGGAGACUACCGAUGAUUUCGCUAUCGACAAAUCUCGUGCCUUUACCUAUCCUAAGAUGGAGAAGACCCUCGGCAGCUUCAAGCUCAACAUCGAGGCUGGUGACUUCACUGAUUCCGAGAUCAUCGUCAUGAUGGGCGAGAACGGUACCGGAAAGACCACAUUCUGCCGCCUCUUGGCUGGAGCCCUCAAGCCUGAUAGUCAGAAAAGCGUUCCCGAGAUGCGAAUCAGCAUGAAGCCUCAGACUAUCACCCCCAAAUUCGACGGCACUGUCCGCCAACUUUUCUUCAAGAAGAUUAAGCAGUCUUUCCUGUCCCCCCAGUUUCAGACUGACGUCGUCAAGCCUCUCAAGCUCGACGAUUUCAUUGAUCAAGAAGUGAAGAACCUUUCUGGUGGUGAAUUGCAGCGUGUUGCCAUCGUCCUUGCCCUGGGUAUCCCUGCGGACAUUUAUCUGAUCGAUGAGCCGUCGGCCUAUCUCGACUCUGAGCAGCGUAUUAUUGCCUCACGAGUCAUCAAGCGUUUCAUCAUGCAUUCCAAGAAGACUGCUUUCAUCGUUGAGCACGAUUUCAUCAUGGCCACGUACCUUGCUGACCGUGUCAUUGUCUUCGACGGACAACCUGGUAUCGACGCUCAUGCCAACAAGCCAGAAUCUCUCCUUACCGGCUGUAACACCUUCUUGAAGAACCUCGACGUCACUUUCCGUCGUGAUCCCACCAACUAUCGCCCCCGUAUUAACAAGAGCGGAUCUCAGCUCGACCAAGAGCAGAAGAUGAGUGGCAACUUCUUCUUCUUGGAGGAGACCCCUGACAAGAGCUAAAGGCGUCCAUAAUGAGGAUUUCCCAUCUGUCGAUGGUGCAUCUCACGGCGUUUGGGGCGUUCAAAAUGGGAAUGGGCAAAAGCAGCGAGUCUUGGGAAUAGAUGAUGACCGCAGCGUCAGCGAGGAUGACGACCCAGAUGAAUAACGACGGCGACGGCAGAGUGUCUCCUCUUGUCUGGUCCUACGAAGUCAUUGUUCUUAUCUGGCUUUCUGUCUUGGCGGGUAUUCGAGGUAUUUGUAAUUCUCGAGAACUUCUCUGUCAACGGCAAAUGGCUUGCUUCGUAGAUUGAGGGACAACUGAUGUAUUAGGACCUCUGCCGUCUACGGUUUCCCACCUCGCGGGAAACAAUUGAUAUUAUUCGAACGGCCGUUAGUUAGUCUUGAAAUAGUUUCAAUUACACAGACAUUGGAUCGUAUAGUAAAAGCGAUGAAUUAAAACAUUAGAACGAGGUCAAUAAUCCUUACUAUUUCUAAACCUUGC